AUGGAGAUGGCAGUGAAGCGCAAGGAUUGUACUGCAUUAGUCGGCGAUGUACACUACCCAGGUACCAUAUACUUGAAGAACGCAUGGGCUCGAAUAAGCAAGGUCUACGGUACUGUUACUGUAGACGGGACGUCAGAACGUAGUUUGGGUACUCUCCGAAAAAUCACUGUUGAUGGAUGGCAACCUCGUGUGGUGAGAAUAGUGAACAAUCGCAAGCUACUGCACAUUGAUGAAAUCCUGGAAAUGAAGGUGGCUGGUCCAGAGCCACACUUUUGGUUUCAAAACAAUACAGGAUUUUGCCAUACACCCGAUAUAAGACAAAAAAUUGAAGCGAAGGCAAAAACAAAGCUAUCGUGGGACGACAAGUGCUUGACCUCCUGCCCUGGAGGCGUUGUCAGCGCUAACUAUCUGAACAGUAUUGGUAAACUUUGCCACAUUAUCGACGGCGAUUUAGUCAUUGAAGGGUUGAAA